AUGGAUAUUAAUAAAUUGUUUGAUGUCAAGGAUAAAGUUGUUCUUGUUACCGGUGGAGGUCGUGGGAUCGGUCUUAUGAUUGCUACAGGUUUUGUUUCUGCUGGAGCCAAAGUGUAUAUCUCUUCACGAACAGCAUCAGUCUGUGAUAAAGACCUGGCCAAUGUAUCUCGAUCCCUGCAGAUCUGUCUUCUUUGGAAGAAUGCCAACGAUUGGCUCAAGAAUUAUCUAAGCAUGAAUCAUUUGGAUGUGCUCGUGAAUAACAGUGGCACCAAUUAUAAUGCUACCAUUGAAGAAUACCCUGAUGACAUGUUUGACAAAGUUCUCAACUUGAAUUUGAAACGAAUCUUUACUUUGACUCAAGCCUGUCUUCCAUUAUUAAAGUCAAAUGCUACUGGUGAUUCUCCUAGUCGUGUGAUCAAUAUUGGAUCAGUUGAUGGUAUUAGACCACCUCCUCAAACCACAUUUGCUUAUUCUGCUUCCAAGGCUGGUCUCCAUCAUUUAACCAAACAUAUGGCUUCUCAAUUAGGUGAAGAAAAUAUCUUAUUCAAUACAGUGGCUCCUGGUGCAUUCCGAUCCAAGAUGAUGAAGGCAACUUUAGAUGCAUUUGAAGAAGUGAUCAAAUCCAAAAUCCCUCUAGGUCGGAUUGGUGAACCUGAAGAUAUUGCUGGAACUGUCUUAUACCUUUCUUCUCGCGCUGGUCAAUAUACUACUGGAGCUGUGAUUGUGGUCGAUGGUGGUGUCGUGGCCGGUGCCAAGUUGUGA